CACAGCCCUGAAGGGGCAGAGUCCAGGCAGCAGGGCGAGGAAAGAGCAGCAGCAGGUGGCGGCGGCGCCGGUUCUGCAUCUCGCCCCCACCCGUCGCCCUCUCUGUGGCUGCGUGCAGGCGCGCGGGAAAAUGCCUCUGGGGCUGAGGGGCAAGAAGAAAGGCAAGUCCAGGGAGACGUCCACGCUGGUGGAGGGCGAAGCCCCCCUGGCGCGGGGCAGGGGCGACGGGGGCGACGACGACGACGCCAGCGGCAGCAGCGCCGUCGGCGGGGCUGGCGUCGGAGGAGGCGCCGCCGCCUCGUCCUCCUCCUCCUCGGCGCGCCAGGGCCCCAUCCGGCUGGUGUUCCACACGCAGCUGGCGCACGGCAGCCCCACGGGGCGCGUGGAGGGCUUCGCCAGCGUCAGGGAGCUUUACGCCAAGAUAGCCGAGGCGUUCCACAUCGCCCCCAGCGAGGUACGUGCCCAGAGGGGACUGGGCGGUAUCUCCCCCCCGCCUCCCUCGUGAACGGAAGCCCCCCGCUACGGGGGAUUUGUUCCAAAUCUGGCGCCCCCCUUCGGCAGGGGGACAAAAGCCCCAAAGCCGACUGGUCUCUCUUGGGGCACCGGCUCCUUGGUUUGGUUUGGCUCAGCUGUUCACCUCCGACUCUCUUCCAUCACCCCGAGCGUCGUUCAUGGCUCCAUGUUUGGGCGAAAUGUUGGGCUUAGUUGCCAAUCCGCGCGUGGUAAGAAUCGGCAUCAAGGGGGUGGUGGGUUAGUCCAGAGACAGAGCUUUUUGGGUGGGUGGUGUUGUUUUUUUUAAGGGAUCUUCGCAAGGAAGUGUUUCUGGAAAUUGAGAUAAUGGAGGGUGGGUGGGUGCCUUGCUGCCUAUAGGAGUAGGCUGUAGAUAAAACGCACUCCUCACACGCUCAGAGGCUCUCUUCCCCACCAAUACUUCACGAGUUUCUAGGCCGAACUUUUCUUUCCUUUUUUCCUGCUGACUCCUGAAACAACAAAAAAGUGUCCAGAAUUGCCUUUGUGGGCAUUUCAUCCGCUCUUAAUUCUGGGCCACCCCUGUAUUUCAAAGCUCCUUAAGGUCUUUUUUUAGCAAGAGGGACUCAGGAACUGAGUAACUGAGUGCGGAAAACAGCUGAUGGUGCUGAUCUCUCCUGGUUCAAACAACAGGGAAACAUUGAUUGAUUAUUAAAAAGGUGCCUCAGAGUGUAGGGGGAGUGCGUUUUUCUGUGCUCAGCAGUGCUUGGCCCUAUGUAUCUCCUGGAAUCAUAUAUGUAACACCUUGGCUUACAUGAUGAAAGAAAGUUGAGGAAACUGCUCCUGCCACCACAAUGCAUCCAUAUGAUAACUGAAGUGCAGCUCAGGCUGUUAUUAGGAGCCAACACAGAAAUCAUAUCCCCAAGACCAUUGCACAAACCCACUUCAACUGUCUGAACUAUCCUAGACUUGUUUACAGAUAAGUUUUUUCUGAGUUCAAUGAGACUAUCCUGAGGAAUAUCUGUUUAGGAUUGCAGCCUGUAUCUCUAUUUUUCUGACACGCGGUGGAGCUUUAAGACAGGGGUGAAGAAUCCACAAACCUCUAGAUCCAGGGGUAGCCAACAUGGUGCCCUCUGGAUGUUUUUGGACUACGACUUCAUUCAACCCCAGCUGGCAUGGCCACAAUGGCCAGGGAUGAUGGGGGUUGCAGUCCAGCUGCACCACAUUGGCGACCACAGCUCUAGAUCUCGUUGGACUCCCAUUGACCCUGACCUUUGGCCAUGCUGGCUAGAGCAGACGGGUGUUGGAGCCCAGUGCCAUCUCUACUUUGCAGUAAGGCAAUGAGUAGUGUGGAAAGGUGCAUUCUAGACUUCUACAUGUGAGUCGGGUGUCACUUUGCUACUUCAAUCACCUUGUUUUUUUAAAAAAUGUUUAAUUUUGGGGGGAGGAGCUCAUGAAAGUGGUGGAAGUGUGGAUUUUCUCACACCCUUUUAGUAUAAGCACAUGGUGAUGUGAGGAUUCGAACUGGAAGUCAGUACAGAACUGUAGAUCGUAACUGCAUAUUCUUUAAAAGCACAAUAUAUGGGCGCAAUGUUAUGCUUGUGUCAUGAGACUUGGUAGCUUUUUACGGCAAAGUCUUGAUCCACUGAACAGUUUUGCUGUCGUUUGCAGUCAUUAUGGUACCUGAAGCAGAAAAAUGUUAUUGCCCUGAAAGUAAUAAUAAUUUUUUAAAAAACUGUAAUAAACUAUAUAAUCAAUAAUUUGUCCUUUAAUGGCACCUGAAGACCUGCCACUUGAGAUAGAUUGUCUCACUGUGCCUAAUGGCUGGGCAGGGGCCCUGCAGCUAUUGUUCUGAAGAGAAUGCAUUUAAAUCCUUUGAUGGCAUGUAUCAAACCUCUUAGGUUGGUCAGGUUCCAUUGUGGUUUGUAUAAUUGCUUCUGUAAAGGUUGCUAACCUUAAACCAAAGGCAACAUUUUUAUUCAUUAUCCAAGUUGUAAUUGUCCUAUAUGUGUAGCUUUGAGCACCGAAAAAGAAGCAAGGCUGAACACAUGUAAUUAUACUCCUGGCUACAUGGAUCAUUUUACCUUGGCAUUGCAGCUUGUCACAAUAGUAUCUCUUCUUUAUUAUCAUGAAGAACAAUAAGGUCUUUGAAAGACAGUGAAGUUUUCCCCAGUGACGAAGAACUGCAAAAGUUAUUUCACACCAGACAUGGUCCUCAGACUGGCGCACUGUUGUACUAGCAGUUUGCAGUACAUAGAAAUGGGCAACUCUUAUUCUUUUUAUUUCUGUGCAAAUAAAUCCUGUAACUAGGAGUUGCUUGGAGUUCUGCACCUGGUCAUCCAUUACUUAGUUUAUCUUGAAGUAUGAUGGUGUUUAACUCUGGCCUUGUUUAAAAUUGAUGCACUCUAUUUAACACGCCUUAUGCAAACCAGGGAAAAUAUGCUAGUGAUAGGCACUAUUGCUUGGGAGUAGGUCAUUUUAUAAAAAACCUGGAAAUGGUAGUAGCUUGUUUUCUUCUUGCAUCAGUGCAGUAGAGCUUUGUUCAGAGGAUCAUGAGAGAGCUGGCUAUAUGAUACAAAAAAUAAAAUAAAAUUGUACAUAAGCAUUUCUAUUGUAAACUGUCCUGAGAUCUUUGAAUGAAUGAAGGUAUGGGAAUUUAAUAAACAGAAAUUCUUCUUGAAGCAAGUGUAAAAUAUACAAAUCAUUCCAUCAGAAUGCUGCUUGAGACUUGGACAUACAAUCUCUGUUUACCAUCUUUCUUCUAAAAUUUGGAACAUGCAUGGAAGAAUUCUAAUUCCUAAGUUGGUUUUUGCAAACUAUGUGAAGGAAAUGUUUAGACUAUUUGGCUUUCAUCUACUAGGAACUGUGAAUUAUAAUGAAGCUGAAUUUGUAACAAAUGGUAUACAGAUGAAAUGUAGUAUUGUAACAUCAAUCAUACAUUUUUUUCUGCAUUGUGUCCAAUUAUACUUUUCAGUGUCAUUGUCAAUGAUUGCAACAUGGGCUCAAGUAUUAGUUCUGUGUUUAUGGAACUUCUGAAUGGUGCUGACAGCUCAAUUUCCAGCAAAAUAAACACAUUCCUCCUUUUUAAGCAUGGAGGAUUACAGCAAGCUACAUGGUUUAAUUAACAUAACUCCUUUUAGUGGCUCAGAUUUCAAAAAGAUUUCUUCUUAGUGUGCUUUGCAUCCAUUGUAAAUCCAUAUAUCUAUGGUGGCUCUGUGCAGUUUUCUCGCACACUUUAUUACUGUAUUUUUAUUUCUAGGCAAAGUACAAAUUACUUGAUUGCUUCUUGCUGUAGCUCAGAGGGAGUUGACUUUGAGGGGAUCUCUCCAUUUGCUAGCAUGUCACUAACGCUUUAUAAAGGUGAGAGUGGACAUAUUGUGGAAAACAAUCUACCUAGUUACUCAGUUCCAUUAGAUAAUUAAGUAGUAUUGUUUCCAUUCCUCUACACACCAGUCUGUGCCGUCUCCAUUUCUUGUUGAACUUAUGCCUGUUUCCUCUCCCUCUAUUGAUAAUCUGUCUAUAUUUUAUGAGAUUUAUUUCUGAAUUUAUAUCAGAAAAGGAUUGUGCAACCUGCAUUUCCUCCUGUGUCCAGUUCAAUCAGCACUUGCCAUCUGGGUUUUUUAAGGGCUGAAAGUUAUGUACUGCAUUGCUAACGUUAACACAAAAAGUAUAAAAGCAAAGCCCCUUUUUGUGUCAGCAGUGAGUGCUAAAUUCUACUAUACAUUGUGGCAACAUGUAACUUGAAUGUAUUUGAAAAUAACUGAAAACAAAGGUGCAUUUAAGACUCAGACAGGAAACAUUCUACUUCAAGUAAUGGAUGUAGAAUUCUCUUGCUCUAGGAAUAGUUAUUUCAGUGCUGGUUACUGUAAAUUAUUGAACAGUGAGUUAAACUUGUUGGAGAAGUGAAACUCCGAUACAGCUAAAAAUAAAUCCAGGGCUUUCUUGAUGUUAUGUCAUUCCUUGUGUGGAUUUCCCAUUGAAUCAGUUGUUUUUAAGGACUGUAGGUUUAUCACCGUAUUACUAUGCAAUUUGUUCUACUAGUCUAUCCCUUGCUGUUUCACACCGAUUGGACCUUUCUCCAAACUAGUAUCCUCCUUUGGGAGGCUGCACUAGGGAUAGCAGCAAAGGGAGGAAACAGUGUUGAGUCAGCAAAAAUUCUUUUUUGAGGCAUGUGUGUGCUCCACUUCCACAACCUUUUCAUAAAGCCUGAAAGGAGGGCAUAGACGAAACCAGAGGAAGUGGAGUUUGUUUGCUUUCUAUUAAGAGAAGUAUGAGCCAAGUUCCCCCAAACCUUUGCUAGAAUAUGAACACUUAAGCUCUGGAAUUUCGGCAACAGCGUUAUUAUUUUUUAAAACCAAAAACAAACAAACUGAGUUUGAUAUGAAAUGAAAAAGAACACUCGGUAAAUGUUACAAAAUGCUGUAGUAUUAAAAUGUCUCUUUAUAUGGAGCAUAUAACACCAAUGGUAGCUCAACUCCACUGGCUACCUAAUUGCUUCCAAAUUCGUCAAUGUUGACAAACUUGGAAGCAAAGAAGUGAGUACCUUUUACAGACCUGAAUGGCAUGGGUUUGGUAGCCUUCUAGAAACAUCUUCUCCCAUACAUUCCCCCUGCCUGCCUCCCUGAGGUCUGGGGUAGAGACUCUAUUUCCUGCAAAAUAUUGUUGCAUUCCACCUCAGUCUCCGAGUGGUGCAAAAUUCCAGGGGUGACAAGACAGUUACCCAGGGUUCAUUGUUCCCUUUGGAUUGAGGUACAGUGCUGACUGUGGUAUCUUUAUGAUAUGUGGUUUGUUUACAAAUACAGUGGUACCUCAGGUUAAGUACUUAAUUCGUUCUGGAGGUCUGUACUUAACCUGAAACUGUUCUUAACCUGAAGCACCACUUUAGCUAAUGGGGCCUCUUGCUGCCGCCGUGCCGCUGGAGCAAGAUUUCUGUUCUCAUCCUGAAGCAGAGUAUGUAACCUGAAGCGUAUGUAACCUGAGGUACCACUGUACAUACAAUCUGAGCCUACAGUGGAGGGGCUUAUAGCAUUAACACCCCAAGAAGGUGUUUUAUUAUUUCAGGUUCAUUUAGCGCUUUGUUUUUGUACAAAUAUUCUUUUACAAUAUUUCACAUUUUUUUGUAUUGCUGUUGAAACAACAACAACAACAACAAUCUUUAUUACGGUCCAGAGACCCAACAAAUCAUUACAAAUCAAUACACAGUUCAUACAGCCUACCUCCAGGUUAAUCAAGCAUUUUGUUUAGGAUAUAGGGCUCAUUUGUUCUUGCAACCACUGAUAAAAACUUUGCCACUGCUAACGUUCUAGCUUUUGUUCGGUCUUCCAGUAGGAACCUGACAUAGUGAGUCUCUGAUUUUCCCAGGAAAGGUACCAGCAAGGGUAGUAUCAGUUCAGCCCUGGCCUGCUCAUAUUUUGCACAAUGCAACAAAAUAUGAUUUAUGGAAUCGAUGUCUUGAGCACACGAGCAAAGUCUGUCCUGGUAGGGAACUCCUCUCAACCUACCAUCCAACACUGCAGAGGGGAAGACAUUUAGUCUGGCUUUGGUGAAAAGCCUUCGGUAGUUAGGUGCUGUCAGGUUUUUGAUGUAAGAUGUUAACUUAAAGACAUACCCAUAUUGAACUCCUGCUGCCAGCGGACUACAGACUGUGUGUGAUCGAGAUCGCAAGUCACUGUGUGCAUUGUCCCAUAAUCUUUCCUUUAAAACCUUUUGGGCACCUUCAUAACCCAGGUAAUACAGUUGGGGAGACAGACCAAUAGAGGUGGCUUUUUUAGCCAUGGUUUUCUGCCAUUUGCUGACAAAUUCCUCAUUAGUCAGAUGUUGGUACAGACCUUUCCCUAGAUUAAACACUGAAAUCCUGAGCCAAUGUUUUAGGGCAGCCCACCACGCUUUAGUUGAAAUUGGGCAUUCACCAGCUUCUAACAGAAGUACAGAGUUGGGGACACAGUUAGGUACCUGCAGCAGAGAUCGUAUAAAUUUUGCCUGAAAGCCAUCUAGCUUUGGCAGGUCCCCAUUAUGCCAGACAUUUGCUGCAUACAGGAGUUGGGAAACGGGCUUUGCGUUGAAAACCUUUAAGGCUGCUGGAACAUACUUGCCGCCCUUUGUGAAGAAGAAUCUAUGUAUGGCUAGCUUUGUAAUCUCCGCCUUUUGAAGGGAGGUUUGCCAAUGGUGCUUCCAAGAUCCUGUAUGAUGGAAUGUGAGCCCUAGGUAACUGAAGUAUUUUACCUGUUCAAGGUUAUGGCCAUCCAGCACCCAUUUAGUCUGGGAGAAUCUUCUUUCGAAGACUAAAAUUUUAGAUUUUUCAUAAUUAAUGGAUAAACCAUUUCCAGAACAGUAAUCAGAAAAUUUCCUCAACAGAUAAUUCAAACCCGGUCUGGAACGUGAGAUGAUGGCCGCGUCAUCAGCACAUAACAACAGAGGGGUCCUUCUCAUUCCUAUUUUUGGAAUGUGUCCAUCUGGGUCCAUUAAGUUCUCUUCUAGGUCAUUUAAGAAUAGACAAAACAAUGUGGGGGCCAAAAUACAACCCUGUCUCACCCCCCUAGUCAUCUCGAUGCUGUUCGAUAGCUGUCCCUGUCGACUGCAUCGGACCUGAAGUUUGGUUCCAUUGUACAGGCUUUUAUGAGAAAGAGAAGUUGUUUGUCCUGCAAAAUCAGACUUAAUUUGGACCAUAGCUGGGAUCUGGGGAUGGAGUCAAAUGCUGAUUUCAGAUCCAUAAAGGCCACAAAGAGUUUACCUUGUAGAGGCCUGGUAUACUUCUCGGCUAGGAAGGACAGCAUUAAACUUCCGGGGUGGCGCCUCCGGAAAAUGGCGGAAUUCCCUUCGGACUGAAGGGAACCCGCUGCACGGAGGCUUGGGUCCUGCCGCUACGGCGCAGCGGGGACCCGCAAAAACCACAGGCGGAAGAAGCCUGUGGACGUGGGACUCGGCGGGCACUGAGAGCGCUCUCUCCCCUUGUACAGGAGCCCGGUAACGGGCUCCGGAGUGGGAGGUGCGUGGUGCUGUGAGUCGUCUGCUUCCUCCGUGCAGCAAAGCCGCACUGCCGUUAUCGGAGAGCGCUGCCUUUUUCCUGGACAAUUUGGCAUCUAAAACAUCUAUCCGUGAGUACCUGAUCUUGGAAGAGUUGAACCACUUUUAAGACUGGUGAAUAAACAAAUAAUAUUGGACUUGAAAUUGAACUUAAUUGGGACUCGGAAUGGGAAGGUCUAAACAGGAAGUCGCCUUCCGUUCUUUUGUUAUGUGAAGAAAGCAAAGACAAAAUAUACUAAAGCCUGAAAAUUAAAUUUUAAGAGAACUAGAAUUCAACAUCUAAGAUUUCUGAACCCCCCCUUUGACUGCAGGAGAAAAGGGGGGUUGUAUCUGGACUUUUCAAUCCUGCGGAAGUGAGUUUAAAAUAAAGCAAUUUUCCACCGCCCUGAACCAGGAGCGGGCUGUCAGAAUUGACGUUCUGAAGUUUAUCCAGCUCGACAGUUAGUUAAAAGAAGGGUAACAUUUUGAUUCUACUGUUGCCUCUUGAAUUUGGAAGGGGAAUUUUGGAUAAAGUGUUUCUGGAAAAAGAAAGAUUGUUGCUGUUGCUUUUAUUCCUUUAAAAAAAAAAAAAAUUCCAUCUAGUGGAAUUUAGUGAAAUUGCAACGCAGAGAGAUUAAAGAGAAGGACUAUUGGACUAUUCUCGUGGGAAAGAAUUUUCUUUGACCUUGAAGGACAAUGCUAGUACAAAGGCUUGAACAAUUGUUCCUGGAAGGUUUUUCAAAACUAAGUGCCCAGCUGGACCAGAUGCGUCAGGAGACGACCUUGAUGAUGGAAGUUACCAGAGCACAGCAGCAAACAAAUGAAAUUCAGUUAAAGGCUAUACAAGCAUAUGAACCUGCUGUAGUGACGGAGGCUUCAGAGAUGGAGGGACCUUUGGACGGGCAAGAUCAGCCUUUGAACUUGAUAAAUGAACUUAGGACAAACCAGAUUCGGAAAGAUGAAAUGUGGUCAGAUUUGGAAAUGGGGGAUGGAUCGACCCCCUCCAUAUGGUUAUUUGGACCUUCCGAGUCUGGUGAUGGGCUAUCAGAGGAUUGGAGUAGCCGAAGUCUCCAAGCUUUGUGGAAAUUUGAAGUGGUAUUAUUUGCUGUCUGGCUUGGGCAAUGGGUUUGGGAUGGACUUGUUGCAAAGGGUCAAAAGCAUUUUCUUGCUGGAGCAUCCACGACUGGAAAGGAAUCAUCAACAAGAGUGGCGAAAGGGGCAAGAAAGAGACUUGAGGGCCUCGGAUACGAGACAACCAGGUUAAGGAGCCGGAUUACCGAGGUUAAAAGGACUGACAAUCCCGGGUCCAGGGAGGGAGGUUGGAAGCUGACUGGACUGAAUUUGACUUAUUAUUUUUCUUUUUACUUUUUAAUAUUGAGAAUGCUUACAAAUGUUUGAAGGAUGUUGAAUGAAAUUACAUGACUUAAGUAAGGAUUGGUAAAUGAUUCAGUAAAAGGUAAUGAUGCAAGAAUUUGGUAAAUAUUGAAUAUAAGCUAUGAGUUUUAAAGUUUUUAUAUGACAAGAGGGAAAAUAGAAUAAGGAAACGUAAUGACAGAUUGUUAUGAAAAAACAGAAAGGAUUUGCUGUAAAAAUUAAAAAUUAAGAAACAAGAGAGGGGAGGAGGAGGAAGUCUAGAAAGGAAGUCAAUAGAGAUUGUAAAGGACUUUAUAUUUUUGUUUUUCUGUUUCUCUUUUUUUUUUCCUUGGCGGCUGGGUCUUCUUUUCUUUUUUGUUUAUGUACUAUUUUUGUUUUUUGUAUCUCCCAAUUUUUUUUUUUUUUUUUGGAAAUUUUUGUUGUUAUUCUUUGAAAAUUUAAUAAAUAUCAAUUAUAAAAAAAAAAAAAGGAAGGACAGCAUUAGACAGUGGUCUGUUGUUGAAUGGUUCUCACGAAAAGCUGCCUGAGCUUCAGAUAGUAUAUUAUGUUCAUUUGGAAAAGUUGUCAGUUUGCUACUGAGGAAACAGGCAUACAGCUUCUCAAUUAUUGAGAGCAGGCUAAUUGGCCUAUAAUUGGAAGAUACAUUUGGGUGGCCUCUCUUAAAGAUUGGAACUACUAUAGCAUGUAUCCAGCUAUAUGGUACCUUACCCGAGUUAUUUACUACCGUAAAGAGUGCUGCCAGAAGCAGAGCCCACCAGUGCUGGUUUGAUGUAAUCAACUCUGCUGGGAUAAAGUCUUUCCCCGGAGCCUUUCCACUCUUCAGAUUCCCAAUUAAUGUAUGGACUUCCUCCACAGUAACCGGCCUCCAAUUAGGGAGCAGUGACAAUUCUGCCCUGUCAUCCUCCUGUAAGCUGGAAGGGAGGUUUGGAUUUUCCAUAAAUAUAUUUCUGAAGUGAUUCUUCCAAACCUGAGCUGGAAUGACACAGCUGGGGGCUGAGGGACUAUUUUUCAUUGAGUCGGAGACCAGUUGCCAAAAGAGUUGAGUUUCAUUGUUUAGUGAGGCAUUCAAUAGCAGGGACCAGGAAUUUUGUUCGGGCUGCCUUUUUUUUUUGAGGCCAAAAGGGCUUUAUACUCUUUUUUGAUUUUGAAAUAAGAUGGAGGUAAGUAGUUUAAUCCAGCGUUUCUAUAGGCCAAAUAAGCAUUCCUUAAGGCUUCCUUCUUUGUGCAGCACUCUUGGUCAAACCAACCGCGCCCUUUUGCAGUGCGUGGCUUGCCGGCUGAGUUUAUGUUAACCGAAACCACAUCCUGCAAGGACUCAAUGAGAUUUUCGUAAGCUGUCAGGGAGGAGUCUAUUGAUAGAUUGUUUAUUAUAAUUGAUCUUAACUUAAUUGCAGUUUGUGAAUUCAAUCUAUUCUCAACUGCAAUUGCUAUCUCAGAUGUCCAUUUUUUCCUACGCAGUGCUGGGUAAUUUGCUUUAUCUAUGACCUCAUGUUCUAUGUGAGAGCACUGAAUCGCAUUUUGGCCAGUAGUGGAGAUGAUAGGGGGUAGGUGGUCGCUUUCAGUCCUAUUAUCUAUGGUGAAUUUUUAAAUUGAUUCGAAGGCCUCUCUGUUAGUGAGGCAGUAGUCUCCUGUGCUGGCUCCAUUUGUAUUUAUGAAUAUGUACUGCUGUUGAAACAUGUAAGUCACCUUGAGAGAUUUCUAUUAAGAAAAGUGUCCUAUAUAGAUUUUAAAUAAAUAAAAUGUUCGUGUUACUAUUUUACGUUUUUCUCUUGUGCUUUUUUUGCCAUGUUUAUAUGAAACUUGAGUUACUCCUUUAAGAGUUCAGGGGGAAAUUUUGUUGCUGUUCUGCCAUUUCUCUCUUGUAUCAAUCAAUCAAUCAAUCAAUCACUCACUCUUCAAUAUUACAAUCACAGAUCAGGCGUAAAUUACAGUCAAACAAAUGCAGUUAACAGUUUAGAGGCCAGCAAAAGACUGUUAGGAAUUAACAGCACCUCAAGGGACUAAGAAAUGGGCGUGUUUUGUUGCACGUUCACAGUCACUCUUGGAAUGGAUUGCUGAGUGCUAGUAUGGUUGGUAAAAAGAUUUAACCACCAAUUUCCUAACAAUGCAUGCUGAUGCACAGAAUUUUGUCACUUUCUCUUAUAAAAAUGAAUUCUCGCUAGAAAAAUGCAGAGUGGAAUAAAUAAUCAAAAUUCUAGUUUGGCUGACAUUUCUUCCCCAAUGGUGGUGGAAUAAAAUUGGUUCAUGAAGAGGCGGCAGUCUGUUUGUGCUGCCCAGUUGCAGUUCUAAAUUGAGUUAGAUCAUCUCAUGUUUCUAAAUAUCACAUUUCUUUUCUGCUGCCAGUUGUAUCUAGUCAAAGUUGUGAAACCAGUUAUGAGAUUAUAGCUGUAUGUUGACAAGGUCGAAGUAACAAGAAUAUUUUUUUAAAAUGGCAAAUGCCCUUGAUUAUUUUUUUUUAAAGAAAAACAACAGGAAUGCAGUGAUUUUGUUAAUGCGAAUCACAAGGGCUAGCAAUGCUAAUAUCUGAGGAGCUUGGAAAUUGCUAUAUGGAGGCACUACAAUUAUUUCCUGAAUGUUUUAUCAGGGCUGAAUCAUAUUUUUAGUACCGCUUCAGAGUGUUAAUUAGCUGAAAGUUUUAGUUGAUCUGCAGACUGAUUGCAAGUUAAAAUUUGUUGAGAAUGAAAAAGUACUUUCUAGAUGCAAGUCACCUAGAAAUAAUGGGUCUUUUCUCAUUGGCAAACCUAGCAAAAACAAGGGUUAUGAGGGCUUUUCUUUUCUGUUUGUCUCUAAAGCUAGUGGAAAUUUUGUAUUUCAAUACGAAUUCAUAAUGGGAUAAUUAAAAACCCCCACAGGAAACUCAAACUGAAAAUGUUUAUUCGAAUAUUGAAUUAACCAUUUCUUAAUUAACAUUUCUUAAUCUUCCACAGUGAUUAUGGAUUUUGAAAUUGUUCAUGUUUGAAGGCUCUGCUGUAUUAAUGUGACAGGUAUAUUAGAGAAACCCAAAUUAAUGAAAUGUAAAAUAGCAAAGAUGGCAUUUCCUUCUAACAACUCAUGGUAGCUUUUGUUUAUUGAAUUGCAAUUUUGUGCACUUAGGAUAAAUUUAAGUGUUCUCACCCCCCGCCCCCAGUUAUUCUCAAAGUCACCUAUACUGAACUUUUGGUAAUAUGCAAAUUCAUUUUAUCUUGAUUUGGUUGGGAGACAUUCAGAUAAACAAAUAUAUCCUGAACUUGCCUCUUGUUAUAGGGUUCAUUAUUAUUGCAACUUGUUAUCUCACCUGGGUUACUGGGUAGACAGUGCCAUAUCUUUCCAGGCUCUGUAAAAGCAAAAUACUUUGAAUCAGUUAAGGCUGCAAUCCUAUACACAUUUAUUUAUACCUUUUAUAUGCUACCCAACAACAAAAAUCUUUUUUAACCUGGGAGUAAACCCUAUUGAACUCAAUGGGACUUACUUCUGAGUAGAAAUGUAUAAUCAGGACUACUUCUUGCACUUAAGGGGGAAAAAAAACCAUUAGCUGAGCUGAAAUUAUGGAUAUUAUGUUCAGAUGGUUACUAUUGAGCCCAGGCUGUACUUGGCUGUGAAACAGCACACAGCAUGCAUGUAACCAAACUGUAACAGAGUGUAGGUUGUACAGUGCAGUUGUGCUUUAGCAUACAGCUGAUGUCAGGCUUGCCUGAACAUUUGUGUGGGGAAAACCAGUCUGUGCAAAACUUUAUUCUUAUUUAGAUGAAUUUUAAUAUUACUGGUUUCUGGCAUUAGGGAAAAAGGAAGUCUCAAGAAAGACCCAGCAUUUAUGAUUUGCUCCAGGAAGUACAAAGUUCAAUGCCAGUGAAUUGCCCUAGUUGAAGGAUUACUUCCAUGGGCAGUAACAACUUGUUUUUAAGUUGAACAAAUUCAUGCAAUGUAGCAUAACUUUUUAGCAACAUCUAAAGACAUCUCUAUUGUGUUCCUUUUUUCUUCUUCUACUCAGAUCCUAAUGCUUAUGCCCCUCUUAUAGAUCCACGUCUUAGGAUACCUAAGGAAACACUUCUUUUGCAAAACUCUAAACACCAUGUUCCUUCAGCCUUAAAUUCUUGAGUUUUUAUGUUAGUGUUGCACAUCACCCCCAUCUCCAAGUGUUACAAGAUUCCAGGGAUUUCCAGGCGGCUUACAAAGGGUUUCGUAAAAGCUUGGAUAAAGAGGGGAUGAUAAGUGCUGAAACAGGGUAGGCCAGACACAGUUUUCUUCACUCUUUUCUACCCCUCUGUCUCCGUAACUUUCACUUUUGAGCACCUUCAUGCCAGCUUCUACAAACCGACUCAUCUAACUGUAGACUUAAAAACUUAUUAGGCUCCUACCAACCUUCUCAAGCAUUGGUUAUCUUCCCGCAAGACCCAUCUUGCAGUACUUAGUGGAAUGUUACUUCCCAUGGGAUAUUUUAUGUUUACUUCAUACCGCAAAUAUUUAUGUAAUGUAAUUAUUGCAGAGACUUCAGGAGAUCAUUGUGUGUAAAAGCCACAGCUGCAUAAUUUCAAGGUUCUUCUUCUAUGGAAUAUGUCCUACAGUAAUCCAUAGGUGACACAGGCUUUCUCCAUGGAAAAGCCUCUGGGAUCAACCUACACAUAGACAAAGGCAUCACAUGCUUCAGACUACAGGAGCACUUUGAAGAGUGUAGAAGCUUUCAAAGGGUACAGCAGCUUGUACCACCUGCAUUCAUGAGUCAGUUUUUUUGGCCAUCAUAUGAUGUUAGUCAUGGGUGUAUACCAGGUGUCUCAGAUAAAAUGCAUUUGUUUCCUCUUUUUUUUCUUGUAGAUUAUGUUUUGUACUUUGAACACACACAAAAUUGAUAUGGACAAGCUCUUAGGAGUGCAGAUUGGUCUCGAAGACUUUAUAUUUGCUCAUGUAAAAGGAGUCAAAAAGGAAGUGGAGGUUUUCAAAUCAGAGGAGUCACUUGGGCUUACCAUUACUGACAAUGGAAACGGAUGCGCCUUCAUAAAGGUAAGAAUAAUGCCAUGAGUUGUGAGGGAUCCGAGCAGAAACGGAGUUGCAAAUUGUUACAAAUACUUCUUUGUGUUAGCAAGAAUGGUGUAGUGUUGGCACUAUGGAAGUAAGUUAGCAAACAUCCAAAAGCAAUAAUUUGAAUGGGGGUAUUGAAGAAUUAUACUCAAUGGAUGUUCCCACUUGGAGAGAGGUCUUUUUCAAUGAUUUCUUCUUUCCCCUCCAGCCCUCAGAAAAGCUUAUUCAGACACCUCUCCUCUCAAACUUCCACUGGGCUUCAGUUCCUUUCACAAACCAAAGGAACCCUUCUGUUCAUGGAAGGGCAGUUUUGGAUGCAACUCGUUGUUAGAAUACACGUAACUCAAACAGAGUCAGCAACAUUUUAUUGACUAUUAUACGGUUAUUGGUAGUGGUAGGCAUGAAGCAGUAUGCUGGCUUGUUUAGGGACAUGUCAUUAGCAUACAUGUGUACUGGUCAAGAGAUGUGUUUUCCAAACUCAGUGCAAAAGUAGAUCUGAUAGUAGGAGAGCCAUUACAGGCAACAACUGAUUGAUGCACAUUCAACUGGUGCACGCACAUGUGCACACCGCUGAACCCAGGCGUGACCCCCAAAGUCACUAAAAGGGUGGAAUGGGUGCGAGGUAGAACAGAACAUUUACAUGGACCCUGCUGACAUGCACAGAUGUCCGGAGCGUAACCCCCACGCAAAAUGACACUUGCCUGUAUUAGAUUUUCCAACUAAAAUGUAAAAAGCCACAGGGAGGAAAAACUGGGUCGGGGCAACCCUGACAUUAAAAAACAAUAUAAAAACCACCUGGCCAACUUAUAGAGAUAUAGAAGAACACAUACAGUAUAUUUUAGUCUGCUAUGGGUUGGUAUGCCCUGUGCUUUCCGAAUGGAAGUGUCUCAUUCAUGGAGGAACUGAGGUCCAGCAGUAGACCAGGCAUAGGCAAACUCAGCCCUCCAGAUGUUUUGGGACUACAACUCCCAUGAUCCCUAGCUAACAGGACCAGUGGUUGGGGUGAUGGGGAUUGUAGUCCCGAAGCAUCUGGAGGGCUGAGUUUGCCUAUGCCUGCAGUAGAGGCUGCCUCUGAAGAAAGGAGGGGGGCAGUGAUUUUUGCCAAUUCUUCCUUCUGCCUGCAGCCUGUUAUGCCACCCCCAUGCUGUUCCAGAGGGUCCCACAAUCCUCUCUAGCAGCUUUUUUCGGGGGGGGGGACUGCAGGGGGAAGGUGGAACUGGUGGAAAUUAUAUUUGCCCCCUUUCCACAGCAGAGUGCCCUUGUUGAUGGAGUUUCGCCCAUGGGUUUGUCUGGAUGCAGCGUUAUAAGUGUAUUUAAUCAUCCUAAUGAUCUAAUAUCUUACUAGGAGUGAUAAUCACUUUUUCCCCAGAAACUGCUGGGUGACCAGAAAUGUAUUCUCCCUAAGAAUUAAGUCGCACAAUAUUAUAACUCAGCAGUAUCAUGUACAUUUUAUGAACAUGUACAUGGAGUCUGAGUUCUUGAUUGCACAGCAUGCUUGCCUUCCUUAAGUAUUGCUUUUGAUAAGUAUGAAAUGUUAUUUGUUGCAUGUCUAGCCUGACUUGCAUUGUCUGCACUGAAGGUACAGUAUCUAGCAAUCUGCCUGUGCAAGCACUGUUCCAUGCUUACCAAUUAUUUAUUUUUGUUAACAAAUUUUAUAUGAAACUUUAUUGUAAAAAAAGGCAAAAAACUAUUUCAAAAGUGGUAGAGUUAUAAGCAGCAAAUCAAUUCAAUCGAACAAUAAGAUUUUAAAUUAUAUGGGUAUCCUAGUUUGGGUAACUGGGCUCUUUGUAUCCUUUUACAGUGCUUCCUUGUUUACUCCCUCUAGCUCAAAAGGUGAGCUUUGUGGUUUGUAUUUUGUGUAUGUCAUACUAUGCACAUCAUAGCCCUUUUGGCCCAGGCUGUUUGUUUACUGCAUUCAUCGCAACUAACAAUAAUGCCUUUUUAUCCAACAGAGAAUUAAAGCAGGCAGUCUUAUUGACCAAAUAAAACUGGUAUGUGUUGGUGAUCACAUAGAAUCUAUAAAUGGAAAAAGCGUAGUGGGCUAUCGCCAUUAUGAAGUUGCUAAGAAUUUAAAGGACUUGGAGAAGGGUCAGACAUUUACGCUAAAAUUGAUAGAGCCUAUGAAAUCAUUUGGUGAGUGACAUGUAUCCGCCAUAAAUUAUACCUGUAGUUUCCUUUUGUAUUUGAUUCCAAAUUGGGUAAAACUUGGCCUGUUUGAUUAGUCAGAGGAAGCUUAAACAAUUAGAAGGGUGAGACAUAAAGCGAACAUUGUCUUAUUAAGCUAACUGCAGCCACCCGUCAUGUACGAUGCUCUGCUUGGGGUUCCAUAAACUUGCUUUUAUCUCUGUGUGUGGGAUCGUAACAACAGGGGAAGCCUAAAAGCAGGUUGCGGGGGGGGGUAUUUUUUGGCAUUAAGUCUCCCACCAGAAUCACACCCCCCUGCCUUAGCUAGGCAUGAAAGAAGCCUUCUGCUGUUUCAGGUCUAAUUCAGCAGGGGGACAGACUGAGCAUGGGACCCAGACCUCUGUGUUUGUGUUCUGGGUGCUGUGUAGCAGGCUCAAGCUAUGGGGACGUAAGCAAGAAGGCUGGACACUGAACUGCCGGUGAACUGGGAUGAGUUGAAAUAAAUGGCUUUAUUACUAGAUCUUGUAGGGAAACAGUCCUUUUAAAAUAGUAUUUUGAUAUUCUAAUUACUGAUUCUAUGAUUCUUACAGAUAACUAUUUUAAAUUCCGCUUUUACUGUGUUUUAACUUUUCAAAACCUGCAGUAGAUGCUACAUUUAUUCUUGCUUUAAGAUUGUUCCGAUGCCUUGAUUUUCACCCCAUGCCUAAUUGCCUUCCCGUACUUCCUGGUACAGUAGUAUGCUGGGUCAGUAAGGAAGUCACAGAGGAUAAAGGGCUGUUUGGGUAGAAGCAGCCAGGAAAAUGAAAUACUUCCACUUGGUGGCAGCAGCAAAAUACCACAGGAGGGAGCCAAGAUAGUAGGUUGGCUCAUCUCUUCUUUCCCUCUCACAGUGCAGUCUGUGCCAUCACAUUGACAGUAAUUAUUGGGUAGGUUAAUGCAGAAGAAGCUAGUCCUUCAGAUGCCAUGGAUCCAGACUGUUUAGGACUUUAUAGGGCAAAAGCAGCACUUUGUCCUUAUGUAGAAACCAGCUGCAACUACAAUAUAGCACAUUUGUACUAAUAAUGGUUCGAACACAAGAUUCAUUUGUCUGAAAGUGUGAUGUCAAACAAAGCAUGCUGGACCCUGUGCUGAUCCUGAUUUCAUUUUUUAAAAAAUCAAUUCAAUCAGCUGAUGUGGCUACAUUCUUCAGAUAGAUGACCAAACAAAUCCUAGGGUCUCUGAAUGAUCUGAGGCAGUUUUCAGGAGUGAUGCCCAGUGAUAAUAUUUUGUUUCUGCUGGCAAGUCAUACUGUAUUACAGCCUUUGGAAGACAGUGAUAAGUAAUUUCUGAAACUUGAUUUUGUAAAAGAAAAGAGGGGUAGGGAAUAGAGAGAGGUCCUGACUUUUUUUUUUAAAGGGAAAAGCCUUCUCUCCUUUUUAAAAUAACAUUUAAAAUUUUAUUUUUAUUUGCUUAAAUAUGUUAGAAACCUAUCUGAGUGGGACAGGGUGGGAUAACAAUGUAAAUAUUGUUUUUAGCCCUAUAACACUGUUGUGGAGGACUUUUGGAUGGCUGAAACAUCACCGUCAUUAUUAAUAUGCCUGCCCUUCAAGGCUGAUUACAACAAUUAAAACACAAUGUGAAAAACAGUUUAACACAACUUAGAAUCAUAAAACAUAAGGUGGGCCCUCAAAAUAUGUAUUCCAAGUUCCAAAAGAUAGGGCAAAGAGUUGUAAAGGAGGUAACCAUAUAUUGCAGUUGUUCUUGGCAGGUUAAUUCUGUGUCUGCCCUUCAGUCCACAGGUAUGUAGUCCAUUUGAGUUAUGAGGAAUUUCGUUCCUAACUUUUAAUGGGAUGUAGUGUUGCCCUCUCACCUUAGAGAAGGUAAUACAGAGCAUUUGAUUGCAGAGCACUUGCCUACCUCAUUUUAUUAUUAGCUGCCCUAGUAUAAUUCCAGAAAGUUCCCAAUUUCAGUGGUAUCUCAGGUGAUUGAACUUGGGGCUUGUGGAAGGUAAGGAAAGGUAUAAAAUAAUCAGCAGAGCUGUUGUGCAUCCUAGUGGACACUUGGUGUCAGAAUGCAUACAUUUAAAAAGAGGCAUUCAAAAACUGGUAAUGCUGGUAAUGCCUGCAAUAGCAUUGUAAGAACAUAUUUAUUUCACAAAAAUUAUCUGCUGCUUCAUUGUAAUAAAACCUCAAAGCGUUUGCAGAAAAAAUAAAACAAUAAAAUUAUCUGUACAAAACAGUUAAAAACAAUGGCUCAAAAUAAUAAUAAAGACAAUCAAUAAUAAACUAAAAGCAAAGUUAAAGCACAUGUCAACAUUCUAUAAGGCUUGCCAAAACACACGAAAUAUUUCUGAAAAAUAAUUUACAUAAUGUUUUGAAAGUAUUUUGCAUAUAAACACUCAGUAGCUUAGAGUAAGGCUCUAGGCAGCACUAAACUGUUAGUAAAGAAAGUUUUUCUAAAAACAACAAGCUGUAAUUGCUGGAUCUUGUCUAUUUACUAAGUUUUUCCAGCUUUUGCUGUAUGGAUAGUUAGUGUUCCUGCCAGAGCUCUUAAGAAAGUGUUGUUUGAAACAUUGACUUUCCCCAGCAGUUUAACAGCCCUGCAGAAUUCAGUUUAGAUGUUUGUGUUGAUUGAUUGCCAAUCUCCAUCACAUUGCAGAAUGCGACCCUAAUUUUGACUUGCCAUUUUAUAAUCUAAAAGAACAACUAUUAUUUUUGGAUCGCAAUCCCAAAUUGCCUAAUUAAUAUGUCUGCUUCAGAAAUGAUUGAACCACGGUCGAAAGGUGGAGGUUUUGCAGAGGGAAAAAUCUCCCGAGGGAGAGAGACUCUUCGACUGAGAUCCAAAGGCCCUGCAACAGUGGAAGAAAUGGUGAGCUCCAACAUCAAAACUUAAGUAGCCACAGUUGAACAGAUUAUAACAAUAACAAAACACUGGGGUUUCUGUUUUCCUUCUUAAACGUUACAUAAGGGAAAAUCCUAGGAAUUUAAAUGAGGGUUACUUCCUGCCAAGACCCAAUUGUGGCAUUCCUUCAUUAUACUAGUACAACAAAUGCAGGUUCUCCUCCUUUUCUUCUUUUGUUGGAAAGUGCUGUUGAUUAAAAAACCACCCUGAUUGUGAGGUAUUAUUUUUGGAAAGCAGGUUAUAUAUCUUUCAGCUGUCCCAAUUUUUCUGAUUUGUGUUAGACUACAGCUGCACAAACUACCAAAAGUCUACCUUAGUUUAAUUGAAACAUCUUUCUUUUUUUUAAAUUGAUAUUUAUUAGAGUUUCCAAUCAGUAAAAAAGUUAAAGAUAAAAAAGAAAAAUACAUAGUUCAAAAGUACACAAUACAUAAUCCAAAAAAGAACAAAAAACAAAAGACAAAAAAGAAAACAGUUAAAAACAAUACCACCUUUUCAUCACCAUUUUUAAAUUAACUUAUUUUCUGGACCUCCUCAUACCUCCCUCUUUUGUAUUUCAGUUCAAUUUUGUUUGUCCAGCAAUUUCUUUCCCUCUUUUUUAAUCCCAAUCCUUAAUCUUAAUAUAGUAUAACAUUAAAAUUUUUACCUCUUAAAAGCCAAAUUUUCAUUUCCUUUAACUUUUUUAAUCCUAAUCCUUAAUCUUGAUCUAUAUAUAACUUUAAAGCCUGUAUAGCUAGAAGCCACUUAAUUUCAAUCCAUCAUCACUCUAACAUUCUUUAAUUUUGCAAUGUUUCUGUAGAUAAUCUUUAAAUUUCUUCCAAUCUUCUUCCACCGACUAAUUGAAACAUCUUUCUAAGACAAUCCUACUCCUGCCCCACCCCAGACAAAUUCCCCUCCUUCCUUACUUGCCUCUAAUCGGUGGUGCUGGGAUGAGCUAGAGAGGUGAGCACUGAGAACAGGGAAGUUUUUCUUCCUUCUCCCCCACUCUCUGUCACCCGGGUAUCUGGGCAACAGCAUGUUACAGUAAUCCAGGGGACCAUAGCAGAUGUAGUUCUCCUGCUUCUGCAGAAGAAGGGGGAGGGAAGGGGUCGGAAAACCCCUCCUUUGGUCCGAUCACUGCUUCUCACCUUUGUGUCUUUGUUUUGUCAAAGCCUUCAGAUGUUGAAGAAAAAGCUACUAAGAAGGUUGAUGAUCUUCUUGAAAUGUACAUGGGAAUAAGAGACCUCGAACUAGGUAAGGGUGUUUAUGGAACUGCGAGUAAAGUAGUAUCCCCUGCACAAGCCUACACAAACUUACACGGGACUAAGCCCAGUGAGCUCAGUGGGGCUUAACUUCCGAUGCGACAUGUAUGAGAUUGCGCUGAAAGACUCAUUUCUAGUUCAGCUGGAGAGCUGCCAAAUCUGAGUCUGAGCGUCUUCUGUAAGUGUUGUAAAACGUCUCUCCUGCAUCCUACAUUUUGUUUGCAGUUUUCAAAGUGUGAGGAGUUUUAAUAUGGGUCCAGAUUUCCGGUUCAUUUAAAUUUUGCAUUGCAUUGUAACAAGCAGUUUAACAUAUUAGCCAUAUUCAGGCAUUUGGAAUGCAGCCUAGAGCAGCACUCGGGUAGCAGAGGCUUCACCCUCCCAUCCUCGCCAACGUUGUCCUCUGUGUUUUCCGAAGCUACUCUAUGAAGUGGGGAAUCCUCCUCAGCAUGUGGAGGCUCCGAUGCGUUUUGGAACUCCGAUUUUCCAGAUGUAUGCCUCCCCUGUGUACAGAGGAUGGCUUCCCCGAUGCAAGCAGUCGCCCUGGAAAAUGGGAAGGGCGAUAGCAAACAAGACGAGAGGUUGAUGCUCGUGCGCAAACUCUGCUCCUCACACGCUGCUGUAAGCCAUAUUCAGAAUGACCUGGAUAUAGAGCUAUUAUGUUCCCAGAGCCACUGCCGUGGUAGGCUAGGAAUCCAAUUAAUUGACCACAUUAACAUAUGACUCUCCAGUCUCUCUGCUCGCAGCACAGUUUCCAACAUAACACCAGAACCAUUGUAAGCUCUUGAAGAUAAGCUGUCCAAAACAUAUAAAUGACUGCUUUCAUGCACAGAUCCCAUUGCAAAAGAGAUGCGUGGGGUUGAAACCUGCAUGCGGCAUGUGUGUGCUGCAUUAGAUCUCACAUAUGUAUCUUUAACGGAUGAUGAUGAUAAUAAUAUAUUAUUAUUAUUAUUAUUAUUAUUAUUAUUAUUUUUAUUUAUAUGUCACCCAUCUGACUGGUGGCUGGCAUGGUUAACUUUUGAAAACACAAAUCUCCUAUUUGGGACUUGAUCACACUGAACACAAUUAUAUAUAUGCCUGCUCAGAAGUAAAUCCUGCUGAGCUCAAUUGGUCGUUCUCUGAGGUAAACGGGUAGAGGAUUGCAGACUGAAUGUGUAUUCCAUCUCUCCCAAACAAUGAAUUGGUGCUGCUGGAGCUUAAAGGUAAAGGUAAAGGACCCCUGACAGUUAAGUCUAGUCGUGGACGACUCUGGGGUUGCGGCUCUCAUCUUGCUUUACUGGCCGAGGGAGCUGGCGUUUGUCUGCAGACAGUUUUUCCAGGUCAUGUGGCCAGCAAGACUAAGCUGCUUCUGGCGAAGCCAGAGCAGCACACAGAAAUGCCGCUGGGACCGAGCAACGGGAGCUCACCCCGUCGUGGGGAUUCGAACCGCCUACCUUCUGAUUGGCAAGCCCUAGGCUCAGUGGUUUAGACCACAGCGCCACCUGCUUUACCGAUAAUGUAGAUGAUGAAUAUAUGCAAUCAUAUCUAAAAAAUUUUUGGGGGGGAUGCAUUGCAUAUUCCACACACAUGCAUUAGGAUCAGGGCCAAAGUUUCAAAACGGGGUUGUUGCUUUUUGUCGCAAUCAAAGCAUACACCGGUUGUCAAUGUAUAUUGUGUGUGGAGCCGCUGUAUCAUCUCUGCGUAUCUGAGAGUGCAAAGUAAGGCAACGAAAUGAGCACAUCUUGUUGUAUCUAAUGGUUCUUAUGUCAAUGUUCUGUUUAUAUAUAACAAUUAGCUAUCACAAAUCUGUUAAAUGACAUGAUGCCAGUUAAUUUCAUACCAUGGUGGCAUCCAGUGGUGAUUGACAGAAGAGACACUCUCAGUGGAACUGGGAUGGAUGGUUUUUUUGCCAAUUCCUCUUCUCCCCUUCACCACCAAACCUGUUUUUGAGGACCCCUCCCAACCCUCUAGAGCAGAUUUAGAUGUGGGGGGCAGAGGGCACUACCAUAGGGAGUGCCAAAAAUGGACUACCUCCCCCUUCCGCUGAUGAAUCCCCCCCCACCCCGUUAGCAGGAUUCCUUUCACUGUUGGAUACAAGCCCAUGACGGCAGAUACGAUCAAUCACUCAGCGAAAUGAAAAGUGAAAAGUGGAUUCGUUCCAAUAACACCGAUUACUGUUCAGUUAGGAAUUUCAUUUGUAUUACUCAUGCUAAAUUAGCCUAAUCGCUAGGACUGUGAAAUGCACUCAAUAGGGAAAAGAUUAACGCUUCCCCAUCCCCACUGUGCUCAUUUCAGAAAAGGAGUUUACUCUUAGGUAACAUAGGCUUUCAAUGUCCACUAAAUGAUGAUCCCUGCAAAGUCAUUUGAGGCAUAGAAGUUUACAAUAUAGCUGAGUGAGAACUCUUUGCUAUUUGAGUGACAUGCAGAUCAAUUACAAAUUAAAAAAUGCACAUAUUUUUUGAUAUUACACUAGAUACUCAGCGGCUGCAAAUGUUUAAAACAUGUGGCAUCUUCUUUUGAACUGUGAACCCACUGGCUCAACCAGCCGGGAUCUAAAGGUGACAUGUGUACCUUUCUGAAAAUGGACCUUAACACUGUAAUUAAUAAAAAAAUGUUUUUAGUAAAAGGUGCCUGUUUGGGGCACGUUUUGCAUGUAACUUCCUUGCAACUACUCUAGGCACACUUUGCUUGGAAGUAAAUCCCACUGAAACCCAUGGGAUUAUAGUUAAAGUACUUAGGAUUGUGCUAUAAGCAAAUGCAAUUUAGCUUGCACUUGGGAUGCUGAAAAGAAUUUCUCGUGAAAAAAUGCAGACGGCAACUCUAUAACUAGAUCAGAAGAACUGGUGAUGUUUGACACUGUAAUGGUGAAUCUGUUGCAUGGGUUUGGGCCCACAGAUGGAGUGUGUGGUUUUUUAAAAAAAAUUAACUUUAUGGAAGGUUUUCUAAGAGGGCCUUGGAUCUCUUGAAAGUCUCUCCCUUUGAUGUUCACACAGGUAGGUUACUUGUAUGAGCAGAGGUUUUUCCUUAAGAACCAGCUCCUGCUCUCAUCAAAUGCACCCAUGAUCCUGUAAAUGUGUGUAGAAUUGCACUUGAAACAUCACAAUAUUUGUACAGUACUAGAAAAUAUAUAUUUUAAAAAUAUAAAGGUUAACAUGUAAAAGCUUAUAACAUUAUACAAUAUAGCAGUCCUUUGCAGUGAGCACUAGGGGUCAGUACAUGAUCACUGAAUACCAGCAAACUUUUGAUGCUAUAUAAAUGUGACACUCAGAAUAUAGAAGUGUAACUAGAAAAACCUCUUAAUAAAACAAUUUAUUCACUACUAAAAAUGUGGUGGUCACUAGAACUGUGGGCUUUUUUGGGUCAAAAUCUGAGCUGAACUCUAAUGUUUUCGUUCUGACAAACGUAAUACAGUAUGUUUGACUCAAAUGCAAUGGUUUCUAAGAUUGCUUUCUAAUGAUACUUCAAUACUAGACAUAUUACCUUAAGCUUUUUAAUUCACCGCACAGUUCAUUCUCUUGCACACAUUGAUUUGGAUCCAGAGAACCACAAGCAGAAGAAGAAUAACGUUUUAAUGAGGUUUCACCAACUUUUCUGCAAGUGCUCGUGAAAGACCUUUUCUGGUGCAGCUCCAGUCCAGGGUUCGGUUACAGUGCCAGGAGCAUAAGGAAGUUACAGGUGUUAGCAUAUAAACUCCAGUGAGCAACAAUAAAAAAAAGGCUUUAAAAGAGCUAGAGCAGAAUUUGUGUAACAGCUUGUGCUAAUGGAAGAACUUCCCUGCACUUUCCUUACAUGCGCGGGUUUCUGGCCAGGAACAUUCCCUCUGUUAGUGAAGGGCUGUUUCUGGCCAGAGUGAAAGGGCACCUUUGAAUCUAAACUAUUUUGUGUGCAUGUGUGUCAUUUGAUGUGUGUCGAAUUGUAGAGCUGGAAGGGACCCAGGCUUAUCUAGUCCAACCCUCUACAAUGCAGGAUUUUUUUGCCCAAUGAGCUAUGCCCUUCCUUAAAACACUUUCCAGCCUGAUCCUAUACAAGUUUACUCUGAGCAUUGGCAUGGGUAUGUAGGAAGUCAGUUACCACAUCUUAAGAAAGCAUGCCCUUAAGACAUGUUUCAUGGUCUUCCACCAGAACUUGUCCUUCUAAACUAUUAGAAACUUGAUGAAUGUUCUCCCUUAAUUUUUUUUAAAUUUGCAUUUUCCACCAGGUUGCAAUUUCCCCUCCCAGCAGGUCAUCUAUAAGUAAUCACUCUAUUUCAUAUUUGUGUCUCUGAAAAAUGCAGUAGGUAACUAACUGCUCCCCCUUUUUUCCUUUUAGCUGCAACGAUGGUAGAAGCUGGGAAAGGCAAGAACAACCCAGAUGAGUUCGCCAUUGCCCUCGAUGAAGCUUUAGGAGACUUUGCAUUCCCAGAUGAGUUCGUCUUUGAUGUGUGGGGAGCCAUUGGUGACGCGAUGCAAGGACGGCUUUAAUGAGCAUCAGAAAACUUUGUUGGAGCACAGUAUCAGCUUGUGCAAAGCAUAUAUCUAUAGACAUGGCAUGGAAUACGGAAAGCAUCUGAAUGUUCAGAAAUCUGGAUGAAGUAAGCUGUUAUUUAAUGCCGAUACAAAUUCCUUUAAAAUAAAGUUCAGUUCAAGACUGCACUCAUGAAGCUUUAGGCUCAUAUGAGCACUUAAUCUGAAAUACUUUGCAAAGCAGUUUUCUCUGCAUAUUUACUUAUAUAAAUGAAUAUGGCAAGUGGUUAAAGAAGAGGGCAGGUUGACUAUCCCAUGAAAAUGGAGUGUGUAGGAAGGCAUGGUGCCAGUACCUGGUGAACCUGAGCAAAAUUUCAUUGAAAAAAAUAUACACCUUGUGUCUAUUAUUCUUUCCCACUUACUCCAGUGGGUACAAUGCUGCAUAUCCAGCAUUUUCUUCCCCAAAACAGUGCUUUGAGACUGUGAGGGUAGAGGAAAGGCCAUCAUUGGUGGAGUGUAUGUUUUGCACUUCGUAAGCCCUUGGGACUUAAUUGGGAUUUUGGGAAAGCUGGGAAUGUCUAAGAAACUGACAGCUGCUACCGGUACUGAGAUAUAUGGACUAUUAGUCUGACUCAGGAUAAGACAACUUCAUAUUUAUGCUACUGUAUAAGCAGGCAGAUGAAUUCUUUCACCAUGUUUUAUGGUGGUGUUAUUAUGGAUACGAGUCUCAGAACUUUGGCACUUUCACAAAUGAUUUUUAAAGCAGUUUUGGCAUUUCCCACUUCUGUAAAUCAAAUGGAAAAAAACAACAACUAUGGAUGGAAUGUACUUCUCGUUUUACAAUGCCUUCUAGAUUCCCUUUCUGUAUCAAUGCCAUUCAAAGUGACACAUCCCAAAUUAAAGUUCAGUUUUAGUGUCACUUAGGAGAAAGAAAUCUUUUUUCCAUUUGUUAGUCCUGUGGAUGAGUGGGCUCAGAUGAAUGUAUUAGUACAAAAUGCUCUGGGAACAGUGCGGAAAUCCCCCCAGCCUUAAAUUUGAAUCUUUUUUGUUGUUCUUGCGUGUUAGAAAAGUAAAGAAAACCUUAUGCUUUUGGGAAGCUUCACAAAUGUUUUGAGGCUUUACUAGUGAAGGGUAUCAAAGUGAAAUAUCUAAGCCAGGUGUGGUAUGCUCUACCAUAGAGUUCCACAAAACAACCUGUUUUUUGCUAUGCUCAUUUAUUUUGGACAAGUCGGAUACAGGGGAGGUUCCUAGGAAAUGGGUGGGACUGCUCUGUAGGUGAUUUUGAUUAUUCGAGUUGCACUGUUGCAUGGAAGAUACGUUGGUCGCUUUAAAAAAGCAGAAGUAAUUUGUAACUAUUUAUUCAUGUGAUGAUGCUGCAAUAAUGGUGUAAAUAUCCUUAAGAUUAACCUUUGGUUUUUUAAUAUAUAUGUAUAUGUAGUUUUUGUAAAUCUUGGAAUAUUGAGGAAUUGCUAAUGUGCCAAUGAUUGAAAAAGAAAGAAGAUGAGAGAAAUGAUACAAGAUGCUGAGCUUUAAUUAGAAUGCAUCUCUUUGAGUCUACAGAAACCUUUGAGCAGCACACAUCUCUUAUUCGGCGAAAUGAAAUAUUGCUAAUCCUGAGCAUAUAGAGAAAAGGCUGUUUACUAAUAAAGGAUGUUUAGUCACAUAAGAGAUGAAUCUUGCAAAUAAAACUUUGCUACUAGUGAACAGGCUUCUUGGAAUGAUGGAAAGAGAUUGGAAGUAGAAAACUUCUUCCGCUCCCCCACCCCUGAAGCUGUUAAGGUGGUUGUCUUAUGCCAGAAGCUUAACCUGUCUUUGACACCACAGAAAUGAAACAGAAGUGUGAAGCCAGUAAACUGAGACUCUGGGUGCUCCCAGAGGGGGGCUUAAUAUUGCAAAUGGGUGUUUGGCAGCAGGUUUAAAAAAAUAAUUAUUAUUGGAUUUCCUUCAAAUGGAUGAAUCCAAAUUAACAGAAAAAAAGAGCUGGCAUUUGAUGCUGAAAAAGUUGUGUGGACACUCCAAAAAAACUUGGAUAAAUGAACAGCAAAUUCCCGUGAAGGCAGAGACUCUAAAAAUGAAAAUACUGAAAUGAUUUAAACAAGAUGCUUUUUAUCACAACAGUGCCUAGAACAGGGAAGGACAACUGAUUUAAUGUUAUACAGAGAUUUAUCUGUGUGAUUUAUGCAAGAAAUCAAACAAUUUGAGGAGGGUCCACAGCAUGGAGAUGAAGUCCACUUGAAUACAUUAUAAAAACUGUUAAAAGUCACUACAAAGCUAUAGUCCUAUAGAUCUGACACAAGGGGAAGGCGAAUAUGCAAUUUAAUACGUUUUGCUUAAAACAUGAUUGGAAUUAAAGUUGGUAGGACUUCUGCUUAUAUGGAUGAGUCCUGCCAACUUCAAUUCCAGCCUCUCCUGCCCCCUCCUCUCUCUCAUAAUAUGCUGAGUUUGUUAUGCAGUGCUUCACUUUAAGUUCACAUAAUUCUGUUAAUUACUUUUGUUUCGUGUGUUUUGUGUUCCAUAAAGUUGGGCUGUGCUUUUUAUUGUUUUCUGCCCUUCAGGUUGAGUUCUAAGCAGUCCAGAAGGAUGACUGGAGCCAAUAAUUAAAAUUUGUUUCACAAACAGUAACUUCAUAUGAGCCAAAUGUCUCACUUGAGCAAAACCGAAAAGAGUUUCAACUUAACUUGUGCAAAUGCUGUAUCUUUGCAAUGUUCUUUUGUAUUUGGAUGCUAAAUAAACAAACCAUAUUUUCUAAAUGA